AGUCUUUAUGAGAGUUGGUGAGACGGCGCAUCUUAAGGAAAGAUCAAAGUCUGAGAGCAUUAUGUGGCCAUCAUCACGAACAAGAACAUUUUCGGGCUUUAAAUCUCUGUAAACUACUCCGAGCAUGUGGAGAUAUGGCGUCCACCCAUGGAUCUCAUGAUAAACAAGUGAAGACACCAGACGACGAGCAAAUUGAGAUUGAGGAGCAAGAGGAACUCACUCUUGAGCAAGAUGUGAUUCGAUACAAUGGACCAAAAGAAAUUUUCAAUGAACCAGAAGCUGAGAAGUUCAAUAAUCCAAAGGCAUCUCUUCGGGCAUUCAAAAGUCUAAAACAGGAAUUGAUGGAACCGUGGAUGUCUUGGAGAGACAUUCAACAUGAUGAGAGGGAGAGGCAAUGGAAGUAUUUUCUGCAUUGUUAUAGCUACAUUGAUGAACCCCAGGGUACACUUCUUCGACGUACUUGGGAGGAUACAAUACAAAGUCAUGUCAGUCAUAUUUUAAGCGAAACACACAAUGUUGCGAAAAUGGGGACUAGCUCUAAGGAUAUCUCUACUUGGGCGGAUAACCAUCCUAAAAGGAUUGCAAAAUGCAUGUCCUUACAAAUGAUUGAUAAGUGCAAUAUAGAUGCCCAGAAUGAUCGAUCACAAGUGGCUCAUUCAAACCACCUUAUGGAAGGUGAAUUAGCAAAGCAUGAUGGUUAUGCCAUCUCUUUCAUCACUCCUUGUAACAGCAUGUCUAUGUCACAAGAGAAGUUGCCCACACAAGCAGAGUUAUGUAACAUGACACAUAUGAAGAAGGGUACAGACAAGUUUAUUGAUAAACACUUACAUCAAAAGAUGGAUGAUUAUGCAGCCAAUUUUGCAGGGGGGUGUGGGGACUCAUGUAAAUAUAAGGGUGGUGUUGACAUUGAAAAAUGGAUGAAGGAUGCAACAAACUCAGGAAAAUCCCAACUGUAUACGCACAUAUCCAAUUAUCUUAGCUCCAAUUUCAAAAGGACUACUCGCGGUGUGCACAUAGAUGACUCUUCCAAGGCUCAAUCUCGAUCAAGACUAUCACAUCAACAUAUGAUAAAAGUGGAGCAGGCAGUGGAGAUUAUGCUUAGAUAUGCUUUGGAUUCCUUCUCAGAUCGGCUAACGCCAAAUAUUGCAAAUCAAAUUCAAAAUAGCUUGCGUGGAAAGGGGCUCAGCACUCGUGAGGAUGAUGAAAAUGAGGAUGAAGAUGAUGAGUAAUCAAUCCAUUAAAAUGAAGAUAUAUUUUCUUUUAGCUUUCAUGAACAACAGUUUUAUUGCAUUAGAUAGUGUCUGUCACAGGCACUAAAAUAUUUAUUGUUUAUGAAGCCCUAAUCCUAAAAUUUUUUAAUAUUAUGUCAUUGAUAAUUUUUUAUAGUUCGU